CUUGGCACACAGCCUCCCACCAGGGAGCAGGGGCACAUGCUCAUAUCACCUCCUGCACUGUGUCCUCCAUCCCAGCUUGAAGGCAUGUGACAGGUGCUGCCUGGUUGGGCCUGGAAAUGGGAUGCCGCGGUCCCUCGGGGAGCAUAGCAGCAGCGAGGGCCCCUGCCAGCCCCUGCCGUGACGGGAAGUGAGUCAUCUGCUGGAGGAUGUCCACGACCACGGCCGCCCCUGCGGGGAUCCCGGUGGCCCCGGGCCCUGCGAAUCCGCCUCCACCAGAGGUCUCGAACCCUGGCAAGCCCGGCCGCAAGACCAACCAGCUGCAGUACAUGCAGAACGUGGUGGUGAAGACUCUCUGGAAGCACCAGUUCGCCUGGCCCUUCUACCAGCCCGUGGAUGCCAUCAAGCUCAACCUGCCUGAUUAUCAUAAAAUCAUAAAAAACCCAAUGGAUAUGGGGACUAUUAAGAAGAGACUAGAGAAUAAUUAUUAUUGGAGUGCGAGCGAGUGUAUGCAGGACUUCAACACCAUGUUUACCAACUGUUACAUUUACAACAAGCCCACAGACGACAUCGUGCUGAUGGCCCAAGCCUUAGAGAAGAUUUUCCUGCAGAAAGUGGCCCAGAUGCCCCAGGAGGAAGUUGAGUUACUGCCCCCAGCUCCAAAGGGCAAGGGGCGGAAACCGGCUGCAGGAUCCCAGAGUGCAGGUACGCAGCAAGUGGCGGCCGUGUCCUCUGUGUCCCCGGCGGCCCCCUUUCAGAACGUGCCCCCCACUGUCUCCCAGACGCCCGUCAUUGCUGCCACCCCGGUACCAACCAUCACGGCCAACGUCACAUCGGUCCCCAUCCCCCCGGCUGCCGCCCCACCUCCUCCUGCGGCACCCAUUGUCCCUGCGGUCCCUCCCACGCCGCCCGUAGUCAAGAAAAAGGGUGUGAAGCGGAAAGCAGACACGACCACCCCCACCACGUCCGCCAUCACUGCCAGCCGAAAUGAGUCGCCCCCACCACCGUCCGACCCCAAGCAGGCCAAGGUGGUGGCCCGGCGGGAGAGCGGGGGCCGCCCCAUCAAGCCGCCCAAGAAGGACCUGGAGGAUGGCGAGGUGCCCCAGCACGCGGGCAAGAGGGGCAAGUUGUCAGAGCACCUGCGCUACUGUGACAGCAUCCUCAAGGAGAUGCUGUCCAAGAAGCACGCCGCCUACGCCUGGCCCUUCUACAAGCCGGUGGACGCCGAGGCCCUGGAGCUGCACGACUACCACGACAUCAUCAAGCACCCCAUGGACCUCAGCACCGUCAAAAGGAAGAUGGACAGCCGUGAGUACCCAGAUGCACAGGGCUUUGCCGCCGACAUCCGAUUAAUGUUCUCCAACUGCUAUAAGUACAACCCUCCGGACCACGAGGUGGUGGCCAUGGCCAGGAAGCUGCAGGACGUGUUCGAGAUGAGGUUUGCUAAGAUGCCCGACGAGCCUGUGGAGGCGCCCGCACUGCCCGCCCCCGCAGCCCCCAUGGUGAGCAAGGGCGCCGAGAGCAGCCGCAGCAGCGAGGAGAGCUCGUCGGACUCUGGCAGCUCGGACUCGGAAGAGGAGCGGGCCACGCGGCUGGCCGAGCUGCAGGAGCAGCUGAAGGCCGUGCAUGAGCAGCUGGCCGCCCUGUCUCAGGCCCCAGUGAACAAACCAAAGAAGAAGAAGGAGAAGAAGGAGAAGGAGAAGAAGAAGAAGGACAAGGACAAGGACAAGGACAAGCACAAAGCGAAGUCCGAGGAUGAGAAGAAGGCCAAGGUGGCCCCGCCAGCCAAGCCAGCCCAGCAGAAGAAGGCGCCCACCAAGAAGGCCAGCAGCACAACCGCGGCCAGCAGACAGCUGAAGAAAGGCAGCAAGCAGGCGUCGGCCUCCUAUGACUCGGAGGAGGAGGAAGAAGGCCUGCCCAUGAGCUACGACGAGAAGCGGCAGCUCAGCCUGGACAUCAACAGGCUGCCCGGCGAGAAGCUCGGGCGCGUGGUGCACAUCAUCCAGUCCCGGGAGCCCUCACUCAGGGACUCCAACCCCGACGAGAUUGAGAUCGACUUUGAGACUCUGAAACCCACCACUCUGCGGGAACUGGAGCGAUACGUGAAGUCUUGUUUACAGAAAAAGCAAAGGAAACCAUUCUCGACAAGCAGCAGAAAGCAGGUGGCCAAGUCAAAGGAGGAGUUAGCUCAGGAAAAGAAGAAGGAGCUGGAGAAGCGACUGCAAGAUGUCAGCGGGCAGCUGAGCAACAAGAAGCCCGCCAAGAAAGAGAAAGCCGCCUCGGCGGCCUCUGGCGGGCCUUCCCGGCUGAGCAGCAGCAACACUUUCGGCAGCAGCGGUCCCAGCGGAUCCUGCGCCGACAGCAGCGACUCAGAAUAGCCUGGCCGGCGGAGGACGGCCCGCGGGACGGCGCGGCCGCGCUGCAGCGGCCCCUCUCUGGCUAAUACACGCUUUGGCUCCACGUGUGCAGGCUUUCCUUUCUCUCCAGUGUCACGGCUCUGCACCCGCUCCCCGGCAGAGGCCUGGCGUGGGUGUGGGCUGUGAGGUGGAGCUCCACGGAAAGGCUUCCCGUGACUAAGCUCAGGGGCUGGAGACUGCUGCAGACGCCGUGGGAGGUGCCACCGGACGGUCCUCGCCAGGCCCCUGCCUAGCCCGGUGCAUUCACUCCAUGAGGAACCUUUCCAGAGGAGAGUUCUCGCAGACGGGCUGCUGCCAGCGCUGUAGGCUUUGCAGACGCGUCUGUGGUCACCGGGGUCCCGGGCUCUACCCCCGUGUCCGACGACGUCACCUGAGGAUUGACAGCUGUGCCUGCUCGGAGCACCGUGUGUUGGGAGGUGCCGAGGGAGGGCACGCCGGCAGGACGUGGAGGUUCUCUGAGCGCCGUGACGUCGGGAGCUCCUGGUGGGGAGCGCCAGGCUGCACGUGCUGUGGCGGAUUCCCAUACACUGAAGCUUUUACCUCAACUUGAAAAAAAAAAAAAAAAAAAAAAAAAAAAA